UUAGCCCCAAAACGAGGCAAUCACGUGACCAUUGUAUUUUUAUGCGACGCCAUGUUCGGCAUUUCUGGUGGGAAACUGCUCUCUCGUUGAUAUUUUGAGGUGUAGUUGAUCAUCCAUGAUGAGAAGUAAUAAUCAGUGAUUGAGGAAAGUUAUAACCUGUAAAGUUCGGAAAGAAGGAAGAAGCCAUGGCUUCUUUGUUUAAAAGUGGAUCUUCUAGGAGUAAGAAAGGAGAGGCACCUGGAAAAUUGAGGAUUGUGAUGAAAGGAUUUUCUGCAAAGUCGAAAGGCAAUGACAAGGAAGAGGACAGUGACAACUCAGAAAUGGAAGAUGUUUCUGACAGUGGCGUUCCAGAGCAUCAGCCUGAAGGCAACGUAGCGGUGGAACCAGAGUCUGGGGAAGAUGCUCCAGUGAAGAAAAAGAAAGAGGCCCCAGUCCGUAUUGACACAUCGGUCCUGGACAAUGUAAGCUGCACUGCAUGUGGUCGUCAGCUCAACCCAUACAAGGGUAAUGCUUUACAAAAGCAUCCAGCAUUAAAAGUAGUCAUUUGCAAGCGCUGUGAUAAGUUCCUGUCCAGUGGAGACAUUGCAAAGGAUAAAGAUGGCAUUGACGAGCAGUGUCGCUGGUGUGGAGAGGGUGGGAGGCUGGUGGUGUGUGAUGAGUGCUCCAGUGCAUUCUGCAAGUCCUGCGUCAUGAGAAAUUUCAAUCGCUCUGAGUUCAACAACAUCAAUGGUCAGUCGAAAUGGCGGUGCUACCUGUGUGACAAGGCGCCUCUUCAAGGUCUCAGAGAGACUUACAGAAACAUCCGUGACACCCUCAAGGCCCUGCAAGCUCGUGACAAGGCUAAGGCUGCUGCCGCCGCUGCAAGUGGAAAUGCACAGCCCUCCAGCAAUGGUACGAAACGAACGGGAAAGUCAAACGAUGCUGAACUCUCGAAGAGUGCAGUUUCUACUUCUUCCUCUUCCUCCUCAGCAAAGAAGAAUGUUCAGCAGGAUUCUAAAGCAAAAAACUCUGCGUCCUCAAAAGAGGCUGCAGAUUCAAAAAGAGGUUCAGCCUCUCCUGAUAAUGACCAAGAUGUAGCUUUGUGUGCUAGUGACCUGAAGACUGCUCCUGAGAAUGUGGAUGUGGUGAUGGACAAGCUGUCCACAGCGACCAGCACUUUCAAAGAGAUGCUGAGGGCACUGCGUUCCCAGUUCCACAGCACCAGUCCUCGGGCAGAUGAAGAAGAUGCGACUCCUAUGUUCCACUUCUCGUUGAGCAGCAGUAUGAGUGUGACAGAGAAGAAACGCUGUUGUGCCAAAGCCCUGAACAGCAGCCUGCAUACCUAUGUAAAGUCCCUAAAAGCUAUACUGACAGCUAGUGAUAGUAAAGGGCAAGCUCAGGACAGUUUUAACACCAAAACGGGUGCUGAUUCUGCGGAGCAGUCCGAAAGUGCGACAACAACCAGUGAACAUCAAGAAGAUGGUGAAAAAUCUCUGACCAGUGCUAGUGCUAAGCAGCAAAGCAACAGUGCGGAGAAGGCCACUGCUGGAAGAAAAACGAUUUCGAGAUUGCCAUUCACUUCUUCUACUUCUUCCAAGUCUAGGGCUGAGAAUGUUUCUUCAAAAGUGUCACCUGUUUCUAUGAAUGGAACAGACAGCGACAGUAGGCAGGAUCGGGUGAGCAGCAGAAGCUCUGAGGAUUUGCCUAACUCUGCAAAGAAAUCAGGGGGAAGGACACGAAACAGAACUGGUUUAGACUCUCUGAGUGAUGACUCUGAUGAUGAUUCUAGUAAACCAAAGCCAAAGGAAAAAAAUCAGUCAUCACAUAAGUCUGUGUCAUCUCUUCAAAAGGGGAGUACUGAAUCCGAAAGCCUCAAAAGUAUUACAAAUGAACGAGGGAGCACACGUCUGUCACUUUCCAGAACAGCUGGGAAAGAGAAAGAAAGUAAGGAUUCCAGUGAGAAAAGUGUAGAGAAAGAUAAGAUUGAGUCUAGGAAGUCUAGAGAGGGUAAAGAAAGUGGAGAGAAAGAUAAGAUUGAUCCCAAGAAGUCUAAAGAGGGUAAAGAAAGUGGAGAGAAAGAUAAGAUUGAUUCCAGGAAGUCUAAAGAGGGUAAAGAAAGUGGAGAGAAAGAUAAGAUUGAUUCCAGGAAGUCUAAAGAGGGUAAAGAAAGUGGAGAGAAAGAUAAGAUUGAUUCCAAGAAGUCUAAAGAGGGUAAAGAAAGUGGAGAGAAAGAUAAGAUUGAUUCCAAGAAGUCUAAAGAGGGUAAAGAAAGUGGAGAGAAAGAUAAGGUUGAUUCCAAGAAGUUUAAAGAGGGUAAAGAAAGUGGAGAGGAAGAUAAGCUUGAGUCUAAGAAGUUGAAAGAAAACAAAGAAAGUGAAGAGACAGGUAUAGAGAAAGAUAAGAUGACUACAAAAAAGUCUAAAUCUAAAGACGUUCUGGAAGCUUCAGGCAAACCAUCUGAAACUGAAAAAGACAGUGUGCCUUCAGGUGCUGACACUACAGAACUAUUGUGUGAAGACAGUUGGUCUGAAAAUGGUGUGAGUAGUCCACAUGGGGAGGUUGCAUCCCACAAAAAUGAUGCAGGUGCUUCUUGUGAUAAUGAAGAUGAGGAAAACAUGGCAGCCAAGUUCGAUCUGAUCAAAGAGCUUGCAGAUGAAAUGCUGAAGAGCAAUGAGGAAGCUGAGGAGAAAGAGGAUGGAGGAGAUGGUGAAAAAGAAGAGGAGGAAGAGGCUGUUAGUGACAGAAGUGACAAUGGUGAAGCUGAGGAUGAGGUAGCUUCCAAUUCAAGAUCAAAAAGGAAAUUUCGGGAUAGUGAUUCUUCGGGGGAAGACAAGUCAAGACUCAAGAAGACGCCUAAAAAGGCAAAAAAAAGAAGCAACUCUUCAGAAAAGAGCUCAAAAGGAGAAGAAAAGGAUGAUGAGAAUGAUGAUGCACGUAGUGAUUUUGAAAAGGUCUCUGAUGGGAGUGACUCAAACCAAGUCAAAGACAAGGAAAAAGCCGAUGAGGAGCAAGCCAAAGACUCUGUUGCUGCUAGUGAUGAUGAAGCUUCUAGCUCUGAUGUCCUCAUGAGUUCUGAUGACAAUGACGUUGGCACUUCCACUUCGGCACGUCGCAAGAAAAAGAACAAAAAAGAGUUGACAGCCUCUAAGGAGAAGGUCCAGAAACCUGCAAAGGAGACUAAAAAGGUAUCGAAAGUAAGUAAGAAGCCAGUGGCAAAUGGGACUGACAAGCCAAAGUCAGCAGCUUCUUCUGCUGUGAAGUCAAAGCCUAAGAGUAAUGGAAAAGCCAGCAAGGGUGACAGCAAAAAUGCUAAGGAGGAUGAGGAGGAGGAUGAAGAUGAAAAGGAAAUUGAAAAGUUGUCAAAGAUGCCAGUCAUGAGAAAGAGGAAAGUAAAAGAUACCCCAGAGGAAGUAGAAGAGGAUGUUUCAGAAGUCAAAUCAAAGACGUCCAAGCCACCUGCCAAAAGAAAUAAACCGGGUCCCAAGUGUUCCAAGAAAAACAUGGAUUUUGAAGAUCUGUCAUCAGAUGGGGAUGAUGCCAAAAAUGAUGAGAUCGAUGAGGAAGAGGAGGAGGAUGAUGAAGAUGAGCCUAAAGUUACUUUCUUUUUGGAGGAACCAGUGGAACAACAAGACGGACUGGAGGUUGAUGAAGAAAACGAAAUGGCUAAAAAUGGACUGUUGGAUGAAAUGGACAGUGAUAAAGCUGAAGAAGAUGACAAAGACAGUGAUGAUUCAUCUCUUGAUGAAUUUGAUGAACCACAAAAAUCCAAGAAGAAAGAUGAAAAGAAAACGAGUUCACAGAAUGAAGAGGAUGAUGAAAAGGAGGAAAAUGAUGAUGAUGAUGACAGUGACUCUCCUGUUGGGAGAAAAAAACAAAUCCGUAGCAAGUUGCUGGAUACCAAACUGUCUGACAGUGACUCUGACAUUGGCAAGUCAAAGAAAAAGAAAAAAGAGGAAGAUGAAACAUUUAAAACUGGCGAAGAAGGCUCCUCUUCAGGUUCUAGUAUAGAGUCUGAUCUACCUAGUGAAGAGGAAAGUGAAAAGGAUAGUGACGAAGAUGGAGACAACAGUGAGCCCAAAUCCAAAAAGAAGGGAAAGAAGAAACCAAGGAAGAGGAAAGGAAAAAAGAAGAAAAAGGGUAGUGAUGAUGAUGAGGAAGAUGAAGAACAGGAGGAUGAUGAUGAGGAGGAAGAAGGGGGAAAGAAGAAAAAAGGCAAAGGAAAGAAAAGGAGAAGGAUAAAGAAAAUAGCCAAUUCAUCUGAUGAAGAUGGUGAAAAGGGCAGUGAUUCAGAUGAUGAUGAUCCUAAUUCUAGUCAAGCUGGGAAGAGAAAGAAAAUCAGAAAAGUGAUGUCAAAUAAGAAAUUGGAAGACUCCACAAGAGCUGCCGCUAGAGCAGAAGAAAAGAGAAGGAAGAGAAUUGCAGCCAAACAGAGAGAGUUUAAUAUUGAGACGAUCACAGAUGAGAACAACCCCAUGAACUGCCUGAUCACAACAAAGCUAAUCCUGGAGCCUGGCAAGGAGGAGGGUGAUGAGCCCAUCGUGCAAGUGAACAAAAAAUUGGUCCGCAAGCUCAAGCCGCAUCAGGUGGAAGCUGUGCAGUUUAUGUGGGAUUGCAUGUAUGAAAGUGUCAAAAGGUCUAAAAAAGAACAGGGUGCUGGCUGCAUUCUGGCUCACUGCAUGGGUCUGGGAAAAACUCUCUCGGUGAUCUCUUUUGUGCACACAGUCAUGACCCAUGCGAAGGUCUUGGGCCAGCGCACGUGCCUGGUGGUGUCCCCUCUAAACACGGUGCUCAACUGGCAGAACGAGUGGACCAUGUGGUUUGACGAGGAGGACCAGCUGGAGGUGUGGGAGCUAGCCAGCUGCAAGCAGAAUCCGCUGCGUGCUGACACCCUCAAAGACUGGCACGAGAGUGGCGGCAUCAUGAUCAUUGGCUAUGAAAUGUACAGAAAUCUGACCACUGGUGCCCGUAUCAAAAACAAGAGACAGAAAAAAAUAUUCUAUGAGACCCUGGUAGACCCAGGUCCUGACCUUGUAGUGUGUGAUGAGGGCCACAUCUUGAAAAAUGAGGCCUCUGCACUCUCAAAAGCCAUGAAUCAAAUGAAGACGCGUAGGAGGGUGGUGCUUACCGGGACCCCUUUACAGAACAAUCUCAAUGAAUAUCACUGCAUGGUGAGCUUUGUGAAACCCAACCUGCUGGGAACACGCAAAGAGUUCAACAAUCGGUUCAUCAGCCCCAUCGGGAACGGCCAGUGUACGGACAGCACCCCUCGCGACGUCAAACUGAUGAAGGCUAGAGCUCACGUUCUCCACGAGAUGCUGGCUGGUUGUGUGCAGAGGAGGGACUACUCCGCUCUCACCAAGUUCCUGCCACCGAAGCAAGAGUAUGUGAUCUCGGUGCGGUUGACCGACGUCCAGGCAGAUCUAUACUACAAGUACAUGGAGCUCUCCGGUCAGGGGGUGGACGGUGUGUUCAACAACAAGGGAGCACGACUCUUCAAAGACUACCAGAACCUCAUGAAGAUAUGGACUCACCCCUGGGUGCUCAAGCUGGCUGAGAUCAGAGACGAAUUGAAGAUGAAGUAUGAUGACGAAGAUUCUUUCAUCGAUGAUGAUUCGUUAGACGAGCGGUCCUUCUCCAGCUCAGGCUCGUCAAGUGACGAUGACAAAAAGAUGAGUGACAGUGGUGGCGAAGGGACCAGUGCUGGGGCGGGACAGAAGCGAGGCACCCGCAGGACACGAGCAAAAGCCAGACGGCAGGCAGGGGAAGACAGUGACCCUGAGGAGGUCAUUACUGAGUGGAAGUCAAAGACUCGUGGUCCGGACGAAGACGGCCGGCCUGAGGAACCGGAGAACCAGGUGUCUAGUCAGUGGUGGGCACAGUAUGUCACAGAGGACGACAAGAGCAAACUGGAGCUCAGCAACAAACUCACUCUUCUCUUUGAAAUCUUGCGUAUGUGUGAAGAGAUCGGAGACAAAGUAUUGAUUUUUAGUCAGAGCAUCCUGUCUUUGAACAUUAUUGAGAACUUCUUGGAAAACAUAGAUUCCAAGUUUCAGCAGGAGUGUGAUGAGAAGCCAGAGGGAGAAGAGGAAAAGCCUGAAGAGGAAAUGUUUGGCCGUCAGUGGACUAAGAAUCUGGACUACUAUCGCAUGGAUGGCUCUACCAGUGCUCAGAACAGACAAGCCUGGGCUCAGAGCUUCAACGAUCUGGAAAACUACAGGGCUCGGCUGUUCCUCAUCUCCACUAAAGCAGGUGGUUUGGGCAUCAAUCUGGUUGCUGCUAACAGAGUCAUCAUCUUUGAUGCUUCCUGGAAUCCCUCACAUGAUGUGCAGUCUAUAUUCAGAGUGUACCGCUUUGGACAGACGAAGCCAUGUUAUAUAUAUCGGUUCUUGGCUCAGGGAUCUAUGGAGGAGAAGAUCUACGAGCGACAGGUGACGAAGUUGUCCCUGUCACAGCGUGUAGUGGACGAGCACCAGAUUGAACGCCACUUCUCUGCCUCUGAUCUCAAAGAGCUCUAUAACUUCACUCCAGACCGCUGGAACGAUGGGAAAGACAAGCCAACAUUAGCUCUGCCUAAGGAUCCCCUGUUGGCGGAGAUCUUGACCAACAAUAAGCAGUGUGUGGUGUCCUUCCACGAGCACGACUCUCUACUGGAGAACCAGAUAGAACAAACGUUGACAGAAGAGGAGAAGAAAGCUGCCUGGGAAGAGUAUGAAAAUGAGAAGAAAGGAAUCAUUGUCAGAGGUCCCGGUAUGGAGAGAACGGCCAGCUGGCCGAUGAUGGCUGCGGCGCAGAUCCUCAGCAGAGAGCAGAUCACAGCCACAGUACAGACCCUCAGGCAACAGUUGCCGGAUGUCCCAGAAGAGUUGUUCCAGCUACAUGUACAGCAGGCCCUGCGCCGGAUGGUUCAGCUCAAGCAGGAGGAGAUGAGACGAGGUGCCGGGGGCUCAGGCAUGAUGAACUCUGCCAUGAUGGGGAAUUUGAUGGGGGCCAUGGGGAACCAGAGACUGAGUAACAAGCCAGAGGAGGCCAUAGACCUUGAUGCUCCCUCUUCCAAGUGAUAGGCAGAAUGACUGAACGAGUGCUACUUUUCCUGGAGAUGUUGGAUGUUCCUGUGCUGUGGCGGAUGGUGCCCCAUGGUUAAUUGAUGUGAACAAGGUUCUUGUGAAAGGAUUCCGAGAUAUGUGGAACUUUUGAUGGAUCUGUGUGGUACCCGUGUCGGAGGAAGACAGUCAUACAGACACCAGUAGUCAACCAGGGACCAGUAGGGGCAAUCUUUUCAUAAAAGAACAUGUUGGUUUGGUGGAUAAGUUUUGACUGCUUUAAUGAUGUGAAAGAUAGAAUGAGAUGGAGUGCUCUGCAUUUUUGGAAAUGUGAACUAAAGAAGGAAAAUAUGAAAACUUUAUUUAGUGUAAAUUUUGUGUAGACAUUAUGUGACACUUUUUGAUUUUAAAAAAACAUGCAGAAAAUCGUAGGUAAUGGAUUUAAAAUAUAUGGUUUCACAAGCUUAUUUCUUAUUUUGAUGUUGAGCAUGAACACAGCAUAUCAUGUGCUUUCCGUCAUCAGAUCUGUGAAAGGGAAGUUUCAGUCGGUGGAGACCUUAAAACUUGUGGAACUCGAGUCUGAUUUGACAAUCACAAAGGAUAUCAUCCGAGUAUUUUUGCGUUCAAGACGUGUCUCAUUCAUGUGUUUCUGUUGGGGCUGCUCCUAUUAUUAAGCCUUGCCCUGACAAAAAUGAAGGUUUUUGGAAGUCUUUGGCUGAUUUUUUUAUAUUUAAAAAAAAAUAAUUAAUGAGGGCUGUUAAUACUAGUCUCUUAUUUCCAGCUACGCCUUUAAGGAUCCGUGCUCUAAUGUUUCAUUACACUGUACAAAAAAUGCAGAAGCAGCAUUGUGCUAUGUGCAGUUCAUCAAUGUGUAAGGUGUUAUGAGGCUGGGAUGCAGAAAGGUUAGCCAUGUGACGUAAAACUAAGCACAGUAUUGACAGGGAACUUUUUGCUAAAUACAGUGUACAAGGAGGACUGUCUGGUGUUUCCUUGUUCUGUCUAUAGCUAAGGUUUUGUUCUCUUAUGUUGUCUCUGGCUACAGUAAUGGUACUUAACUCAUUGUCAGAAGUGUGGAACAAAGAUAAAAAAAGAAUUUGUGUCUGUAAUCAAAGAGUUGAAGGUGCACAUGGCAUCUUAAUAUGCCUGUUAUGUAAUCCCCACUAAGGGCGGCAGGCUUUGGACCUGACCAGAGGUUUUUUUUUAGCUCUGGGGUUGUGUGGCAUGCAGUUAACUGUUACUUGUUGGCCAUGAUCAUUCACUUAGAUUGAUUUUUUUCCUUUAUAUGGUCUAAAUUUGGGGGGUGUUGGUUUUUUUGGGGGGGGUUUUUUGUAUCGCUAUCCUCUGUAUGAAACUGUACUUGAUGACCCAGUGUGUGCUGAUCGUCAAGUAAGACGCUGAAAGAUUUCCUUUUCUCUUGUAAAAAUGUCUGUUUGAAUAAGCUUUUCUUUAGGUUUGGUUUUAAAAAAACAAAAGGUCUGAACUCUUUGCAUGUUUUUGUUUUAAACUUAUGUUGUUGGUCUUUUUUAUAGAAUGUUGUAGGAUUGAAGUUGUCAAGAAAGUAUUGCCAUGUAGCACAUUUCAUGAGAGGCAGACUAACCUAGUCUAACACCGGCUUUUCCUGUUCGGUGUCAGUUGACGUUUUUUUCUCACCCAAUUUUGCAGAUAAUUUUUACGUGUUGCAUUAUCACAGGAGCCGUUUAAAUUGUACAAUAUGUUGUGUAGAGGGUCGUCUGCCUAUAUUGGUUUGUGUGGUUCACAAGUACAGUGUAGUCCACUUAUACCAAAUAUGGUUAAUCCGAAAACAGUGGAAAAGUUCAAGAAAAUGAAAUCCCCAUUUAUUUAUUUUUCUUCUGUUUGCACAACCUCUCUUAACCGAAGAAAAUUCAGGGGUCCUGCCGAUUUUGGUUUGGUUUCAGUAUGAAAAUAUUAAGUUGACCUUGUCUCUAAGAAAGUUUUUUUCUAAGGUUGUUCCUUUUUAAAAAAAAAAAUUUCUGUGUUCAAAUUCUAUUCAUAAGGAAAUUGUUGGAUGUUUAACAUGAUAUUACAUGUGCUGGUCCACAGCAAGAAUAAGUUAAGAAACGUGACUUUUGACUGAAGAACUGUUUAUUUCAUAAAUUUGUUUGCGUUGUUGUUAAUGCUUUUUUAAAAAAUUUUUUUUUAUGGUGGUUAUUUGCUGAUCUGUUGAAGACAGUGAGUGAGGACAAAGGUGUGUUUGCUAUGUCUAAGUCAAAUCAUUUUUAUUUAUAUACAGUGACAUCUUUUUUGUAUUUAUUUACAGUCCCUCUAAGUAAUAGGCGGUCGAACCUGUCAAGGUAAAAUCUCCAGACGUUCUUAUAGCCGAGUUAGUCUUGUGCAGCCAAGGGAAAGAAAUAUGCCCUUUGAUAUGGAAACCUUUUUUUUUUUUAAAGUUUGAAAUUGUUACAGAUAGUCCAGAAACAGUGGGGGGAAAUUAUAUGUAGAAUUUGCCCUGUGUGGUCUAAUACAUAAAGAAUUUGCCGGUUUUUUAUUGGUGGGAGUUUUACUCUAGGCACUUCUAUUCUUUGUGCUGGGUUGAAACAAUUUUUUUCGUUCUCACCGCGACUCGGCCUGAGGCAGGUUCGACUGUGUAUUGCAUACAGUCUCAUCAGGGUGUGGAAAACAUUCUUGUGCUGUGGGUCGGGGAUCUCUUCAAGUUUGUAUUAUGAGCGUUUCUAUCAGCUGUAGUGUGGGGGCCAUGUUUUGAUGGACAGGACUCCGUCGACACCUGCGUAGGAUCAUUUCACGAUGUUCUGAAGGGUUACGUUGUGGCCAGUGUUGUAAGAAAACUGAUCAGAUGUUGUGGGCAACGGGAGUGUGGCUUCGCGAUGAGGCCCGUACAUAUCCAUCUCCAGCACAAGUAUGUGCUUGUGUGUUUGUUGUUGUGCAUGUGUGUGUGUGUGUGUGUGUCUCCAGUGUUGUGACGUGUGUUGUCCACUCACCAGAGGGUGCAAUCUCAACCACAGGCUUUUUGUUUUCUUGGGGAAAAAAAAGAUUGUGGGUUUUGCAGUGAUGCAGUUGAGAUCUGGGCUGAAGAAAGCUGGAGUGGAAACCGUUGCGGUUAUCAUAAAGCAAUCAUCAAUCCUUUCAUGUUUACUGCAAGCACAGGUUGGUCCAAAAUGUUCUUAACAUAAGGCAUGGGGUUUGUUUCUGCUGUACAGUAUAUAUAUGGCAAUUUUUAAGUCAAUAGAGUCCUUUGUCAAGAUGAGGACACGGAAAUUCUUGUCACGACGUAUGAAACUUUUUAGACUCGUAUGAAUUGCCCUUCUCAUGUGGAAAAUUGGGGACCUACCUAUACCUGCGUGCAUAUGUAAGGAUUCAGGCCAUUCUAAUCAAUAAUUAUUCAUACAAUGUUUGUGGAUUCGAGAUGACAAAAAUUUUAUUUUGCCAUGUUUGAAUGUAUAACCUUCUAUUCCCAUGUACACUGUUGUUGGCUUCUUCAAAAUAUUUUUGAGACACUUUGUUGGGUCCGGCCUUUUGUAUUUGUAUUGAACUAAAAUACGAACAGGGGCCUGAGGACCAGUGUCUUUGGUGGUGUAAUGGUUGGGCACUUCACCAUCACAUGCAGAGGACCUGAGUUUGAUUCCCAUGUGGAGAGAAUUUUUAUCGAGUAUCUCUCCUGUGUCUCUGUAGGACAUUGUAUCCCUGUCAGCAUUUUGGCUUUGACAUCCAGUGUCAAAGCCCGCCUCCUAAAUUAUCUAAAUUGUGUGAAUUGGGGGGGGGAGGGGGGUGUGCGUAAAAAUAUCUCCUUUUAACGAAAGAAAGAAUAAAACUAGGGGCCUUUGGAAGAUCGAAGGUGUCCACGUGUCCGUAAUGAAACAGAUUUUGAAAAUCGAUAAGUUGGUUGAUGGUUGUAGCAUUGGAUUUUUAUUGGAUAUGCUAAUAAUUACUGUGUUUUACAGCUUGACUUUAGCAGCUCGCGUCCCUAGAAUGACAGGAUUAUAACUCUAGUUUUGGUAAAAACUCAGUUACACACUACACAUUACUGGCACAGGAUCCUUGCACAGUGUUGAAGGCUUGACUUGAUAAUAUUAAUUUAUUAUAAAUGACAUUUGUAUAGCGCUCAACCCUGAUCAAAGGACACAGAUUCUGAGUGCUUUACAAUACAGUACAAUGUACAACAGUAACAUAAAAUGUGUUCUGACAGGAAAUCACUACAAAAAUUUAUCUUAUUAAUUUAAAAUCAGAAAGGACUUCAGCUGACAUUUGAAUGAGUCAGAGGAUUUGAUCUCUCUUAAAAUAGUUGACAAAGCUUUCCAGGUCUUGGGGCCUUGAUAUUCAAAUUUAAGUGCCCUUUCAUCCAUUGAUUUAAGUUUUUAGAUGUUAAAAGAUAUUUCUUUUUGUCAGCUGAUGACCUCAAACUUCGAGUUGGAAUUUAGUCUCCACAGAUUUGAUAAAUAUGAUGGCGCGUUAUCAUUCAAGCAUUUGAGACAAAUCUGGCCUGUAUUUUUUUUUUCCUUCAGUUCUGUUGUACACUCACAUAUAAAGUGUAAACAAUUUUUUUAGCUCUACUCAAAACUAUGCGAGUUAAAAACUGUCAUUCUAAGAGCGUAAGCUGUUACAGGAUAGGAUUAGGAGAUUUGGGGGUUUGUUUUUUUCCUUCUUCUGGACCAAGUUUGAUUAGUUCCACAGUGUUUGUGGAAGUGAUGGAAGAACUGGUGUGCCAUAACGUUCGGGGGGAGGGGGGGGGGCUGUGCUGGGGGUGUAUUUAAUUCUUUUAAUAAGGCCAUGACUUCAGGGUGUUUCUCACACUACGAUUUUAUACGAAACAACAAAAAAGUUGUUUUGGUAUGUGAAUAUUUUGGGUUGACGUGAAUAUCAAUCAGGAAAGUGUCAACCUGUUUUGGGGUUAAAUACUUUUUGGAACUGCUUAAAUUAAAUGAAUUGGAGAAUAUUUUUCCAGCUCUUACAUGUAUAUGUUGAAUUUGAUAUGAAUAUUAUGAUGAUGCUGUGUUUUAUGUGGGUUGUUGUUCUCUUUGUUUGAAGUGUGGGGUUUGAGAUAAGACUCGCGUGGUUAUCAGUGUGUGUGUUUGUACGUGUGAGUGUAUCAUGUGUGCGUGGUCGGUGGUGGGUAAGUGGGCGUGUUGCUGUCAGCUUGUACAUAGCUGUGGUGUGUCUCCGUUCUGUGUUGUGCUCAUUUUUGGCAUUAUUCAUCUGUAGCAACAUCCCAAAGUCAAAGCAACUACAGGAGUGAAGGAUACAAAAUAAAGGUGACCAUGAAUUGUUGGAGAAAAAAAAAAAUAAAACAAAAUGACAACUUUGUAA